AAUCUAUUCCGCCUUAAACCCUGCCGAUUGAAGUCGAACUUCGCUCGAACAGACAGAGAGAUCCUUCAAAUGGAAUUCGAGAUCAAUGAAAGUUAGGGUUUUUCUUUGAGAUUUCUUCACACUAAUCAAAAAUGGCGCUCGUAAGAAGAUUUCAAACAGUUCGUUCUUUGUUGAAAACAGCUGGAUCAAGAGAAUCUUCUUCUCUUCCAUUUCGGAAUGGAAAUGAGUUCUCUUUGAUUCAAAUUGGAGAUGAUUUCAGAUUUGGGUGUUGGAGAAGCUAUCAUUCUUCUCUUUAUCAGGUUCCUGAAGCUCAUGGAAAAAGUGUGUAUUCACGUUUAUAUGAAGGCCACAACAACGCCAACACACAUUUGCUUCGAUCUACAAUGAUUGCAGAGUCUUUGCCGUUUACGAACGAUAAAAGGUCUGCUACAACGCAAGUAAAGGCACCACCUCAGCUACAGAAAACGGGUGCCGUUAGAGUGUCCAUGGUAAGUCCUGGAUUUGUAUAUGAACCCUAUGCACUCCAGGAGAAAAUCUCGAUUUGGCGAAGAUGUUUUACAAGAAGUGGUUGGCGAAGAACGAAAGAGGAUUUUAUACGGGAGCUAAGAAGUGCCUACGCUAUCGCUAAGUUAAGAAAGACUGGGUAUUCAAAGAAUACGUUCUACAUAGAAGCACUAGAGUUAUACAAACAGAUUAAUAUUCUGAUGGCCAAUGGUGACAAGAAGACGAUAAGGAAAAACGUAACUGAAAGAAUGUAUUCUGCACUGAAGAACGAAAUUAAACAGAGAGAAGCCAUGUGGGAUGGUGUUUACUGGGAAAUGAUUGAGCCGGUUGUCAAGAUCCGAACUUUACAAGCUCGACUGAUCGGAAUUGACCGGACAGACCUUAAGAAAGCAUUCAUACAACUGACACUCGAGUUUCUGACAAAGCAGAAAUUCGAAGCAUACGAUGCAAAAGGCAAUGUAGUAGCUGGAGACAGGAACAAAGAGGUGCUUGUACGUGACAUAUGGGUCUUUGAGAAGUCUCUUUUCCAUACAGGAGCUUACUGGCGGCUCUGUGGGCGGAUCAAAUUAUGAAGUAUUGCAACAUUGUGGACAAAGAGUGUCAACAGUUUCAGACAGAAUAAAAUCCAACAUGUUCCUGGUUUUUGCUGAGUCAGUAAUCUCCUUUACGGUUGUAUUUCUUCUAUUUUUCUCUUACAAUUCAAGCCUGAAUGUUAGUAUCUGAUUAGGUUCCUAGAGAAAUCUACUUUGCUAUUUUGCGAGGUAAAUCAUCGAUACAAGCAAAGAUCAGAAAAAUAUGUGUUGGGUAGUCUCUUUGUAAACCUCAUUGGAACCACUUUCGUUUUUGUUUUUGUUGUGGUUCAUUAGCAGAGACUGGUUUUGUUGCUUCUGUCACUUUCUUUGUUCUCUUCUUCCUUUUAAAUUAUUGGUGGAGUAUUAAUGAAUAAUUAAUUCAUGUAA